AGAAGAACCCUACUCCAGUAAAGAUAUGACAUUUGACAGCUGAAGAGAAAAUUCAUUCUGCAGAUUUAAACUUUCCAAUUACGAAUCGCAGUUGCGUUUCUCUGAUCAACUCCGAUCGGAUCGGUUCAAAGAAGAAGAAAAAUGGUGGGGAAAAUCGACGCCUCAAACGGCGGUGGUGCACCCGCUAAAUUGACUCCCAGCUUGAAUUCCGAUCUGCUAUCUUCCACUUCCCCAUUCUCUUUCAAAACAUUCAAACUGAAGACCAAGCAAAAGGAACUCUUGAUCCGUGUCAGCAUUCUUUGUCUCGUUUACAUCUUGGCCUUCGUCACUCGUCUCUUCAGUGUUCUUCGGUAUGAGAGUAUGAUCCAUGAAUUUGAUCCAUACUUCAAUUAUCGUACUACACUUUACUUAACCCAGAAAGGAUUUUACGAAUUCUGGAACUGGUUCGAUUACGAGAGUUGGUAUCCUCUUGGUCGUAUCGUUGGCGGCACACUUUACCCUGGUCUUAUGGUUACUGCUGCUUUUAUUUACUGGACUCUUCGAUUCCUACGAUUUGCAGUACAUAUCAGAGAGGUUUGUGUUCUCACUGCUCCCUUUUUUGCUUCCAAUACCACUAUUGUUGCUUACUUCUUUGGGAAGGAGUUGUGGGAUUCGGGAGCUGGGUUGGUGGCUGCUAUCCUGAUCGCUAUAUGUCCUGGAUAUAUAUCGAGGUCUGUUGCUGGGUCUUAUGAUAAUGAGGGUGUUGCCAUUUUUGCUCUGCUGCUUACGUUCUAUUUGUUUGUUAAGGCAGUCAAUACUGGCUCCCUUGCUUGGGGAUUGGGAUCUGCUUUAGGCUAUUUCUAUAUGGUAUCUGCUUGGGGAGGUUAUGUUUUCAUAAUAAAUCUGAUCCCUUUAUAUGUUUUGGUGCUUCUGAUUACUGGAAGGUAUUCAAUGAGGUUAUAUGUGGCCUAUAAUUCCAUGUACAUUCUGGGAAUGUUGAUGGCAAUGCAGAUUCGAUUUGUGGGUUUUCAACAUGUGCAGUCGGGAGAACAUAUGGCAGCAAUGGGAGUGUUUUUCUUGUUGCAGGUGUUUUUCUUCCUGGAUUGGGUCAAGAACUUGUUGGAUGAUCCAAAGUUAUUUCAUGUAUUUAUGAAAUUUACAGUUACCUGUGUAUUGGUUGUUGGUUCCAUCGCUUUGGGAGUUGGCACAGCAUCUGGCUAUAUUUCUCCAUGGACUGGAAGAUUUUACUCAUUGCUUGAUCCAACUUAUGCAAAGGAUAAUAUUCCAAUAAUUGCAUCAGUCUCUGAGCAUCAACCUACAGCGUGGUCUUCUUUUAUGUUUGAUUUUCACAUUUUACUGUUCCUUUUUCCCGCGGGGCUCUAUUUUUGCUUCAAGCGAUUAUCAGAUGCCACUAUAUUCAUUGUGAUGUAUGGUCUUACAAGCAUGUAUUUUGCCGGUGUCAUGGUUCGCUUGAUUCUUGUUGCUACACCUGCUGUAUGCCUUAUUAGUGCAAUUGCAGUGUCUGCUACCGUGAAAAACCUUUGUCAGGUAGCAAGAUCAAAGAGCAAGUUGGUUCAAUCUAGUGGCGGCAAAGCUUCAAGUAGUGGAAAGACGUCUUCCAAGGGCUCAGUUGAUCAAUCUUUACCUUUCCAAAGAGAUGGGGCUAUUGCUUUACUUUGUGGUGCUUUAUAUUUACUGAGUAGAUAUGCUACUCACUGUACGUGGGUUACAUCAGAAGCAUAUUCGUCCCCCUCUAUUGUUUUGGCAGCGAGGGGAGCUCAUGGGAAUAGAGUAAUUUUUGAUGACUAUCGCGAAGCAUAUUUCUGGCUUCGACAGAACACACCAACAGAUGCUAAGGUUAUGUCCUGGUGGGAUUAUGGGUAUCAAAUCACUGCAAUGGGAAAUAGGACAGUGAUUGUUGACAACAAUACUUGGAACAAUACACACAUUGCUACUGUUGGACUUGCAAUGUCAUCUCCUGAAGACGAAGCAUAUGAAAUCAUUCGAUCUCUUGAUGUAGAUUAUGUUCUAGUCGUAUUUGGAGGUGUUACUGGCUAUUCUUCUGAUGAUAUAAACAAAUUUCUGUGGAUGGUGAGAAUUGGUGGAGGAGUUUUUCCUGUUAUCAAGGAACCUGAUUACCUUGUUAAUGGUGAAUAUCGUGUUGACAAAGGGGCAUCUCCGAAGAUGUUGAACUGUCUGAUGUACAAGCUGUCUUACUACCGUUUUGGGGAGUUGACUACAGAAUAUGGAAAGCCUACUGGGUAUGAUAGAGCUAGAAAUGUUGAAAUUGGAAAUAAAGAUGUGAAGCUUGAACACCUGGAAGAGGCCUACACAACCUCUAACUGGAUUGUUCGGAUUUACAAAGUUAAACCGCCCAAUAACCGAUGGUAAUCCCCCUUUUCACAUCUGAGGACCUAUUACUUUUUUCUGGGCAAGGCAAGGCGGAAGACAGUUUAAAAAGCGAAAAAAAUGGUUAGGUUGAUGAGAAGAGAAGAAGAAAGAUUGACUAGUAGUAACAUAAGUUACAUGGAGUUUGUUAGGUUGCUAGUAUUUCCUCUAAAUGUUAUAUUUUGUUUUCUUUCUUUCGAAACUCUUUUGGGCUUAUUAGUUACACAUGGUGUGGGGCGACUAAUUCGAUGAAACUUGACAACUUUCAUUUUGGAGCAGAUUUUGUGUAUUUGGAUAAUUAUAGUCUUUGUUCAUUUUUAUUGAUGAGAAAAUUUGAAGUUUA